CGUCAUGAAAGAGACUCGCGUCGUUCCUUAGUAACAAUUGAACAUUUUAAAUUACCUCAGUUUCUUUACUAUCUCUCCGUGCGCUCUUCUUGAAAUGUCGUCUACCGUAAAGAAUAUUUCGGUAACCUACGACGAUGUAGGCAAAACUUUUAGCAGCGGCGAUUUCAUUUCGGGACGAAUAACGUUGGAAUUGGGAAAAGAUUGCAAAAUAGAUUCUCUUUCCAUAAAAGCGAAGGGAAAGUCGGAGGUCCUUUGGACAGAACAUCAUAAUAAGACAACUGUAACUUACCAUUCCAAGGACAAGUACUUUAGCAUUGAACAAUGUAUCAUUCGAGAACAAAAAGGCCAAGGACAAGACCAUCAAACCCUGUUGACAGGUCAAAGUGCCACUAUGUAUUGUAAUGUCGUAGCUCCUGGAACUCACGUUUACCCAUUCACCUUUCAGAUCCCUCAGCAAGCAAUGCCAUCAUCCUUUAAAGGUGCCUGGGGGAAAAUCCUGUAUACGUUAGAGGCCAAGUUGAGCAGAUCAAUGAGGAUAUCCAGCAAAGCCAGGGCUGAGUUCCCCUUUGUCUCCAAGGCAGACCCGGGCAGCAUCUCUGUGCUGAUGAUACCUCAGCAUGGAACCAAGGCUAAAAAGAUGAAGUUAUUCACCUCAGGAAAAGUGGGAAUGGACAUUCACAUAGAGAGAAUGGGCUACUACUUAGGUGAAGACCUGACGGUUGUGGCGUCCAUUGAGAAUAGCUCCUCUCGUGAGAUCAAGCCCAAGUAUACUCUGUACCAGAAGGACAGCUUCUUUGCGAGGGGAAAGAUGAGGGUGUCCACUAAAGACAUCCUGAAAGAGCUGGGAGAGCCUAUCCCGCCAUCUGGGCAACUGAAAGUCACUAAAGUCCUUAAAAUCCCACACCACAUUGUUCCGUCCAUCCUCACCUGCAGUAAUAUCAAAUGCGAGUACAGGCUGAAGAUCGUCCUGGAUGUUCCGUACGCCAGAGACCCAGAAGUCAAAUUGCCAUUGGUCAUCCUCCCUGGAACUCAAACGCCUGGACUGCAGCCGCCACCUUACUCUGACUUUGGUUUUGACUCGUUUGGGAACACAAACCAACCCGGAUGGAACAGCGCACCACAAUUCCCAACGGCCCCAGGAGCCUAUCCACCAACGGCCCCAGGAGCCUAUCCACCAACGGCCCCAGGAGCCUAUCCACCAACGGCCCCAGGAGCCUAUCCACCAACGGCCCCAGGAGCCUAUCCACCAAUGGCCCCAGGAGCUUAUGCGCCUCCCCCAGCCUACGGAGUAUACCCAUCCCUGUCUGAUUUUGGUGGUCAAUCCUAGUGGGAGAAAAGAUAGAGGGUAGAUGAUAACAAAUGAAUGCGUUGUAUAUUAUAAUGUGCAGUUUUCUAUCUCUUUAGACGUCCAUUUAUACUUCCAUACUUCUCUAUUGUUGAUGUUUCUUGUCAUUGCCAUGGCAACGUGUAUAACUUCAAUCUUUUUGGAAAUGCCUACUAUGAAUAAUGAAAUGGAACAAAGCUCUGCCUAACAGUGUGCCUUGUAUAAGUUGUCUACAUAUGAAUAUUGCUGGUAAGAAUGAAACAGUGAAUGUUAUAAUUUCAUGGCGGUGCUGAUAAUCUAAUUAAAUAGUUUUAUUUAUAAGGUGUUUGUGGUUUUCUGUAUCUCAAAAAAUGGACCAGUGGCCUAUUAUCGUCCUGGACGUCCCUGCUUUUUAUUUCCUUGGACUUAUUUGGCCAUUUUCACUAUUACAUAUAUACAUACACACACACACACACAUUUUCACUAUUACCAUAUACACACACACACAUACACACACAUUUCCACUAUUACCAUAUAUAUAUCCAGGAUGAUAAUAGGCCACUGGUCAAUUUUUUUUAUGAUGAGAUACAGAAAACCACAAACACCUUGUUAUCAACCAAAUACCACACCAUAUGCAUACAUAAACCUUAUGUAAGCCUUACAACCUUUUAUUUUAUGGAGAAGAAUCACGGAGUUAUGCUGCCACAACAAGUGUUGGAAAAUUAAUCAGACGUAACGUUUAAUGAUGACAUUGCAAAUAUCGUGGGCAAAGGCCUAUUUAUUGUCCCCGCCUAUUGUAAACAUAAACCUACUCCCUUACUAUGUUAUAUUACAGACAGUUGUGAACCCAA